AUGAUGCAAAGUACGGCUGUCAUACCAACGGAGAGCCCGGUGAAGAGUCUACCAGACAUACUCGGAGUGCCAAUGCAACAAGUCCCCCAGUGCGCGGGCUGCAGUCAGCACAUCCUGGACAAGUUCAUCCUGAAGGUGCUCGACCGCCACUGGCACUCCAAGUGCCUCAAGUGCGCCGACUGCCAGGCACCCUUGGCCGACAAGUGCUUCUCCAGGGCUGGAAACGUCUACUGCAAAGACGACUUCUUCAAGCGCUUCGGGACGAAGUGCGCGUCGUGUCAACAGGGGAUCCCCCCAACGCAGGUGGUUCGAAAAGCACAGGACUUUGUGUACCACCUGCACUGCUUUGCCUGUGUCAUGUGCAGCCGCCAGCUGGCCACCGGGGAUGAGUUCUACCUCAUGGAGGAUGGCAGGCUGGUCUGCAAGGUGGACUACGAGACUGCCAAGCAGAACGAUGACUCAGAAACAGGAGCCAAGCGACCGCGGACCACCAUUACUGCCAAGCAGUUGGAGACUCUGAAGAGCGCUUACAAGAACUCUCCGAAACCAGCUCGACAUGUCCGAGAACAGCUCUCCUCAGAGACGGGCUUGGACAUGAGGGUGGUUCAGGUGUGGUUCCAGAACCGGCGUGCCAAGGAGAAGCGGUUGAAAAAGGAUGCGGGCCGACACCGCUGGGGCCAGUUCUACAAGAAUGUGAAGCGCAACCGCGGAGGUGCCAAGGCAGACCGGGAGAGCUCGGCAGAGGAUGGGGGUCUGAGCGACAGCGAACUCAGCUUCAGAGAAGACCAGAUCCUGUCAGACCUGAGCCAUAACAACGCCCUGUAUGGGAGCGUGGGUGACGUAGGGAAUGGAAACCUGCUGAAUGGAGGCUUCCCCCUGGACAGCACCGGACAGCCGUACCAUGAGCUGCGGGCUGGCAGCCCCUAUGGUCUCCCCCAGUCGCCCUCCUCCAUUGCCUCCCUGCCCGGCCACACCCCACUGCUGGGCAGCCUGGCCUUUCCUAUGGACAGCCUGGCGGCACAAGGGCCUCAGGGCAGUGCGGGCCAGGCCAUGCGCACCAUGCAGGGAGGGCCCACCUCCGACCUCUCCACAGAGAGCAGCACGGGCUACCCAGACUUCCCUACCAGCCCUGCAUCCUGGCUGGACGAGAUGGACCACUCGCAGUUUUGA